AUGUUUGUUACUUACCCGCAUUUGGCAAAUCAAUCUAGUUGGUGCGAUAGAGAAAUGGCCUUCUGCCUCUUCAUUUUCUCUAUUUUUUCAAGCUUGCCUUGUGGCAAUGGGAAACUACAACUUCAAAAUGAUGACUGUCAAAGUGGACUUUAUUGCAACGAAAGAGAAGAGAAUAUGCCAAUUUGUCCAGCAGGCUUUUUCUGCCCUGAAGGAAGCAUUACACCAGUUCCAUGUCCGCCUGGGACUUUUCGUUCAGAAAGAGCAGCACUGGUAUCGCACAGCUGCUUGCCAUGCCCAGUGGAUUUCUUCAAUCCCAUGCCCGGCCAAAAUGCAUGUCUUCCAUGUGGCUCAGAGGCAAUGCAGCCUGCAGAAGGGCAAGAGACAUGCAUCUGUCUUGGGAAAGGCCAGGUGUUUCAGCCCCGUGAUGCUCACUGCACAUGCCCUCCAGGUUAUUGGAGGUCCUUAAAUGAUGGAAGACACUGUGUCAGACAAGCUUAUGAUAUUUGUCGAGAUUCAGCUUCGCGAAAUCAGGAAGGACAGUGUUUAACCAAGGAAGGAUGGGUUCAUUAUUGCUCAGAGAAGGUUUGCACUGUCCCCAGAGAUUAUCAAGGAUAUGAUAAGGUUCUUGGCCUCUGCAUUUGUCAAACUGACAGUCUGGAGAGUGUGUGUAACUCUCAGUGCAGAAGACAACAAAGAGAUAUUCUGCAGGUCACCUGUACAGACAAAAAUGCUCAGCUUUUUGUCACUUAUAGAAAUGGGAGCAAGAUUGCUGUUUUCUUAGAAGAAUUAAGAAGAGUUCUACUGAGACCAUAUUUCUCUUUAAAAGACACCUGCACUUCAGAACAAAGCAAAUAUACCCAUCCAGCAUUCGUUGUGAAAAUGAGUGGAAAAGGAUUUUUAGGGGUGUAUGAUCCUGACCCACAACUAUUCCACAACUUCAUGCUAAAUGAGGCUUCAUCACAUAACAAGAAUCGGCCUUCUUCAGCAAUAGAUUCAGGUAAGUUCUCCCAUAAAGCUCCAAAGCACGUAUUCAAUACAGCUUCUCUAAGAUUUAAUUGUGCUUUGUCCCAUCAACCAUCUGCAGCACUGGCUUAACCAGAAAAUAACAAUGGUUAAAUCAAACAGACCUCACCAUCUUCAAACUCCUGGAGAAACCAUUCACACUGAGCAA